CCAGUGGCACUGCUCGCGUGGGGUAGUGCCGGAGUGCUUGUCAGCUGGUCCGGGAAACAAUUGAUGCCGGCUGCCACGCCGUGCCACGCCGGGACCGGUCCUGGCCCGCCUGGAGUCCACCGGAGCUGACCGAGCUGACCCUGGCAUGGCAGCCUGACUGACUCAGUGGCGUCUGUGUAACUCGCCAGGUGCCUUCAGUCUGAUCUAUAGAUGUCGCCGACGGUGACGAGAAAGUCUCGAUACUCUGGAGGGACGUAAACAAAAAGACGUUGGCAAUCGUAACAGCAUCAACGGCUGUUGUUGACCCCAAAAUAUUUCUCUACAUCAACACAUUGACUGAAAAAUUUGGCGAUGAUGACGUCGACAACUUUUGGCGUUGCGUCGCCGGCCUGUCAGUGUGUGCUUGUACACACACACACAUGCGCACGCGCGCGCGCACACACACGACCGGUCUGUGGACGUCACGCCCUCCUGCGCACUUCGCACGCCGCCUCUCGCUUUACCGCAAACUGCCUCCUUCGAGAUCUCGACGGACGCGUCUCGAACUCAUCCGGUUCUUCUCGCGUGCGGACCGCCUUUUUUUGUUGCGCCUUGCGGACCGAGUUGUGCGGUAGGCGGUAGGACGGUGCGAGCUCCGCGUCCAGUCGGUCCGCGGAACGCCUCGGCGACACGCCUCCCCUGGACACAAAGGACGCCAGCAUGCUGUCGCGCGACGCUGCGCUGGUGACGGCCGCCCCCCUGCUCCUGCUGCUUCUGCUGGGCGCCGCCUCUGGGUCACGCCAGCGCCGCCAGGGCCCCUGGGGCGGAGUGCCUCCUGGUCACCGCGGUGGUCAUGGCGGCGGUGGCGGCAACGGCUGGCGGGGGCCUCCGGGACUGAACCCGAACCGCCAUCCAGGCGGUGGCGGCGGCGGCCCUGGGGAGCAGCCCGGAGGUCCUGGAGGUCCCAGCGGUCCCAGCGGUCAAGGCCAGCCCGACGGUGGCGGCGGUGCGUCGCCCCCGGGCCCGGGUCUCGGGGGGCGACAGGGAUGCGUGCCGUCCCUGACCACGAUCAACGGCGGCCAGCAGACGUGCAGCGGCCAGCUGGUGUUCGAGGACAACUUCAACCACCUGGAGCAGUGGUCCAAUGACGUGCAUAUGGCGGGGCCGCCGGACUACGAGUUCGUGGUGUACAAGCGGAGCCCGAGGAACAUCUUCAUCAACGACGGCAUCAUGACCAUCCUCGCCUUCCUCACGGAGGACCGGUACGGCCCCGGCUUCGUCUCCAACGGCACCAUGUUUGUUCGGGGUUGCACGUCGAGCGACCAGGACCUCUGCGAGCGCACCGCCUUCUCGUACAACAUCCUACCGCCCGUGCGCUCGGCGCGCGUCCACACGGCCAACUCCUUCACCUUCCGCUACGGCGUCGUGGAGAUGCGGGUCCGCGGCCCGCGCGGCGACUGGCUCUACCCUCAGUUGACGCUCAAACCAUCGCAGUCGAAGUACGGGCCGCACUUCUCCUCGGGGGAGAUUCGCCUGCCGUCGCACUUCGGGAAUAGGUGGUUGCGGGAGGCGGGCGGUGCGGGCGGGGGAAACACGACUAUUUUUCGGUUGCUUUUGUUUUCUGGAUACUCUUCUCCUACUUCGAAAUUUUAG